CAAGUGCCAUCACUUAGUUAUGUGGCCUAUCAAAGUCCCGCCCACGCCAGUAGUGAUGAACAUAUCUCGAGCCUAGCGUCAUCACAGCCUUCCUGAAAAGAUGACUGAAAGUCACACGGGCUCGCAGAAACAGGAAGUGAGGAGGACUGAGCCAACACAAAGUCUAUAAUGUUAUUAAAGGGAGUGUGGACCUCAUGAUCGCUUCUCUGCCGCAAUGACGCUUCAAGUCCUCGUUCGAGUAGAGCUCGCCAAGGCCACCAUCUUGCUUCUGCUGUGUGACGCAGCUGCUGGCGCAGCAGAUAGUCUCCAGCAGGUGACCUAUCAGGGGCAGGCGGUUACAUUGUCUUCAUUGGGUGACCCAUCAUGGAAGCCGGUGUCCAUCAAGUGGUCCAUAUACUUCAACGAGACUUGGAUCGCCACCUUCCACGGUGGGAAGACCAACACGGAGCGCUUUUACCAGUUCAGGGGACGACUGAGUCUCAACACCACUUCAGGGGACUUAACCAUUCGUAACGUGACCAGAAGGGACGCCAUGGACUACACUGUGGAGUUGAUGGACGUGGACCAGCGCAGCAUAGUGACGGAGGUGACGCUGGUAGUGAGAAAACAUCUACAGAAACCAACCCUGCGGACGCUAUUCGUUGCACUCUUGGAUGACGGCUGCUGGGUGGGACUCCAUUGUUCAUCUCAGGAUGUUGGCUCCAACCUCUCUUGGACAUUUGAUCCCCCGCUUAGGAACUACUACGUGUUUGAGUAUGUCAACAAGCCCGGGCUUCUCCUCGCCUUCCUGCACGAUGCAGUGAAGUUCACGUGCACCUCAAGCCGCCACCUGGAGAACAUCUCCGACAGCGUCCACAAGAAGUGUGCGAUGGCGGCGGAACUUUCACCUCGUGAUCGAAGUGGACUGUUAGUUUUGGUGGGAAUCGUCGUUGGCGUUUUUGCCAUGAUUAUGUUAAACCAGUUGAGAGGUGAGCGUGUUCCACUUUAGCGAGCAGCUAACCACCAGUGUUGGACAAAUGCCUUUUUUAAAAAGUGAUUAUUUAUAGUUAAUAAAAUGUAAUUGGUUAAUAGGAAAAAAUAUUUAUCUGAAAAACAUUUCUCCAAUCUCCUCAGAAGAAAACACCAGCAA